UUCAGUACGUACCGAGUACCGUGACAGGCCUAGUGACCAGGAUGGAUAGGAUCAGGAAUGAGCACAAGGCAAGGAGGUCUCAUUUUGUAUUUUUCCCUUUGCCCAACCCCAGGGCUUUCUUCCAUGACUCGUUACCUGACUGGACUAACGUUUGUGUUUCGGGCAGCAAAGAUAAGAUAAUGAACUUUGGACAGCAGAGGGACAGCACAUGUUAGAGGCUUUGGAGAUAAAGUCAGAGAGGCCAGACUGAGAUGUCCAGAGGAGAGAGAGUGAAUAUAUUGGUAGAAGGAUGCUGAGUUUCCCACUGCCAAGCAGGAGGCCUAGAGGAAAACCAAAGAGGAGGUUUAUGGAUAUGGUUAAAGAGGACAUGAAGGUAGUUGGUGUGAGAGAAGAGGAUGCAGAAUACAGGGUUAGAUGGAGGCAAUUGAUUCGCUGUGGUGACCCCUGAAGGGAAAAGCCGACAGGAAAAGAAGAAGAAUCACACUCACGAACAAUUUAGAUUCACCAACUAACUUGAUCCGUUUUUUGGACUGUGGGAGGAAGCUGAAGUACCCGGAGAAAACCCACACAUGUAUAUGGAGAACAUGCAAACUCCAUACAUGGGAAGACUGGGGCAUGAACCAGGGAUCUUCUAGCUGCAAGGCAACAGUGCUAACCACCAAACCACUGUGCAGCUCAUGAUACAAUACAGUCUAUUCAGUUUGAAAGAACAAUGCUCAAAUCGUCUUUCUUUCCAGAAAGGUUGCAUCACCAGAGCAGACCUGCUGUAUUUUCUGGAGAGACCAGAUGAGACCCAGCCACGAACCUCCCAGCCUCGCCUUCCCCGUUCACAGAGCUGCUCAGUGUACUGGACCCUGAACACACUGGUGUAAUCCAGCUGGUCAGGAUGGAGAGUCUCCUGCCCAGCAUCACUUCUGAUCACAAGGUCAAUUUAGAACUGUUAGCAGCCCCUGUGGAGACCCCAUACAUCCAUGAAGACAAAGAAGACACUGCUGAGGAGCAAAAAACAGCAGAUGAGAAGCAGACCACACAGUGGGCCGAUAAAGUGUCUGUGGCAUCUGCUUCAUGGAGAACAGUGGAGGAUUUGCUGCCGGACAAGCUGUGUGAGCAGCUCUGUUCGGUGCUGGCUGCUCUGAAGCUGUACGACCCUCAGCACACUGGACACGUCACACAGGAUGAGCUGAAGAAGGUUUUAAGCUGCUAUGGCAUGCCUAUGUCAGACGCACACUUCAAAAAACUCUGCAUGUCCUCCUCCAGCUCUAGACUGGGCAGAGCUGACAGCUGCUCCACAAUGGUUUCCUACAGCGACUUCCUCAGAAACCUGGGAGUACCUCUAACAGAUGUAACAAACACAUCCUGCUGCUCCCACAAGAACACAGCUCAUACUGAGAGACCAUUCACAUCAUCUCAGUCCACACUGCAGUCCAUCAGACAACAGAGUCCCUGCAGCCAGCAGACUGGUCUGGACACCUCUGGUAUCCUGGACGUGGUUUUCCAGAGGAUGAGGCUGAGAUUAGAACAGCGUCAAACCAGCCUGGGUGACCGGAUCCAGGCCCUCAUCCACACUGCUGAUGAAGAUGAAGAGACGCUGUCAGAGGCUGAUGUUCAAAAGAUACUAGAGGACACCUGGGUCAUCCUGGAUGAUAAGCAUUUCAGCAGAUUCACAGAAAUGUUGGGCUUCAGGGGCGGACGGAUCCAGCGCUCAGUGUUCCAAGCAAAGUACGAGGAGGCCACAGCCAGAGAGCAGCCGCAGGACUCCAAGGAAAAGCUCCUCCACACCUCUGCUGAGCAGUGCCUGGCUGCCAUGAGGACCAGGAUCCAGACCAUCCAUGGGGACCACCUGACCAUGUUCCGGCUGAUGGACAGGAAGCGUAAAGGUGUGGUCGACUGCCAGGAUUUCAAAGCGCUGUACGACAGCCUGAAGUUUUUCUGCAGUAAGGGAGCGUACCAGCGACUCCUCGAUCUGAUUGGCUUGCAUCCCGGAAACAACCUGAACUACGCAGAAUUUGUCAGCGUGGUUGAAAAUGGUGGCAGACAGCAGAUACCAACAGCUAGCAUACAGCAGCAGCUCCAUGAACUCCUGGCCCAUGAAGCACGAUCCAAGUGGGCAGCAAUGUCUCAGGUGCUGUGUCAGUUUGACAAACAGGGCCAGGGUUGGAUCUAUAAAAAGAGCUUAAGGGGACUCCUCUUCACCUACGCUCUUCCCAUAAGACCCAACGAGUUUGAAGAGUUUUGGUUGAGGUAUGACCCAGAGGGGCGGGGAUAUGUAAAGGUUUAUGACUUUCUGGAAAGGCUGGGUCUUCAUCAUGAUGAGGAACUGAUGUCUGAAAGCCUGAAGUUGAACCAAACUGUUGUCCAGCAGGAUGCUGACAGACCGAUCUCCUCUGAUGCCACCGAGCUGGAGCAUAUAAAGCUCAAGGUUUCCAUGGAUUAUAACUGCAGGAGGUUUUCUUACCUGGACUUCCUGUCUGCAUUGAGCUAUGAAGCAGAGAAGUAUGAGCGUCCUCCUGCCUCCCCUGAUGUUGAGUCUUUGGACAGCCUCAGUCCACACAUGGCUCUGGUCAGGAUGCGAGAACUAGUCUCUGCCUCAGCACAUCAUUUAUAUAAGGCAUUCUCAGCCUUCGACCAGAGCAGGAUAGGGAUGGUUAGAGCUCUGGACUUUCGUCAGGUGCUGCAGAACUUUAGUGCUCGCCUGUCUGACAUACAAUACAGAUACAUGUUGACCACACUGCAGCUGGACGCUGAGAACUGCACAGUUAACUGGAAGGACUUCCUCAACAAGUUUCAGCUGCAGAGCCUGCUGCUAUUAGAGAGAGCUCAGCGUGGCAGUAGGCAGCAAAGGACUAGCGGCAGAUCUCCCACCCAGACCAAAGCUGCUGGUGUCACUGAGCUCCUGCAGCAGAUCCUCACACUGGUCUCAGGUCACUUGUAUGAAAUCAGCAGAGAGCUGGUGGACUUGGAUCCCUCCAAGAGCGUCACAGUGUCUAAAGACCACUUCAGACAGCUUUGUGAUCGCCACCACCUGAGACUCACAAACGACCAGUUUGAGUGUGUGUGGAGUCAAAUGCCUGUGAACGAGCAGAGGAAGCUGCAGUACCGAGAGUUUCUGAAGCGGUUUGGUGCACCGAGCAGGACCCAUGACACUGAACCUUCAGCUGAGCCCACAGAAACACAGCGUGGAUGCUCAGACGCUGACGCUGUUCUUCUGCUCCGCACUAAGCUGGACUCCAAUAAAGAAGCCGAACCAUCUCGAGGAGGAUCAGAAGAAAUGGACAGCAUUCUGCCCCCCAGCGCAGCUCCAGGCAUCCUCUCUCAGUGGGGAGGCCGGAAACAGGAAGCCUGCUGGGCACCGUGGAGAGGAGGCUGCGUGGGGCGGUGUGGCGCUGCUCGAAGGAGAUCCAGAGGAAGUGCACUGAGCUGGAUCCUCAGCGAGAGGGACACAUCAGCACUGCCUCCUUCCUGGGUGCUGCACCAGUUCAGUGUGGAUCUGUUGGAAGAGGAGUUCUUCCACGUCAGUUCUUAUUUUGACGCCAACGCCACAGGGAAGAUCUGCUACAACAGCUUCCUCUGGAUGUUCGUCCACUGACCUUCCUUCACACACCUCCAGCAGCUUCCACAGGACUCAGGUUUAUUUAACACUGUUGCAUUUGUGUGAUCAUAAGCUCUAAGAUCCCUACCCUUAAUGGAUAAAACAGCAUCUUGGUGGUAACUGUCUUAACUUGAGGCCUCUGGGAAGGUGCUCCCCUCAGCACGGAUUGAGAACCAGUACUGCCAACAAAGACUGCACUACUGACUGAUUGCUAGCAAUUCAGGUUCUUUCAUGUUUUGGAUGACCCAUUAUGUUGUUAGAAAGCGGUGGAAGGUAAAUUCUGAAGGUGUCUACUUAAGUAUAAAUUCAAGGUACUUUACUUGAGUAUGUACAUUUGUGGUACAUUAGAUUUUUACUCCAUUACAUUUAGUUUCAAAGCUAUAGUGAGUAGUUACUUUGCAAACUGAUAUAUAAUAAAAAAUAAUAUAACCAGACCAAACUUUCUAGAGUACAUAAAGUAACUGAAAUUAGUCCCACAAAGGACAAACCUGACUCUUGAGUGGAUCUAGUGGAUCUGGUAUGCUGUGGAGACCAUGUUAUUUGGGUCAACUUGCAACAAGGGUCACUAUAAAUCAGUACUCAGUGGUUCUGUGUGAUCAAAUUUAUUUUAUGAUGAAACUAUCCUGAUGGUCCCUUCCAGAAUAAUAAUGCCUCUGUCCUUAGGUAAGAAUUGCUCAACGAAUGUUUCGGUUUGAAAAUGAUGUGAAUAAUAUGAUAUAUAUAUACCGGUAUAUGAUAGUCUCCAAAUCUCAAGCCAACUGAACAUUUGGGGGAGAUUUUAGACCCAAUGGUGGCAUAUAGUGGCAUACCACUUUACAAGGACAUGUUGCUUUUUCUUUACUUUGUCAUCUGUCAGUUUAUAUUAUGUUGAAAUGGGCCAUUCUUACGAAAGAGUACUUAAAGAACCUUGACGAACACUGAGGUAUUCUGAUUUUUGCUGAAAUAAAAUUAUGGGUACUUACUCUG